GGUCAUGACCAGGAGGAGUUUUCUCUGAGUGGACUUGUUCGACCUGCAUUGUUUUAAGUUUCUGCGCUUUGGAUUAUGCUCUUCCCCCUGCUCUGUGGCUCUCACCGCUUCCACUGAGCUUGCAGUUUCAUUGUCGUUUUAUUUUCUCUGUAGGUCAUUGCAUUCUAUGUCGAAUGCAAACAUCGUCAUGUUUAACAGAACCCCUCUUCUCCUCUACCUGGUCUCGCUUUUAGGGCUUGUUCUGUGCAUGGAAAGUGAAAUUAGUUUCCCGACUAGGCUGGAUAACGAAGGCUGGACAAAUGCUGACAACGACGUGGACAUUCUCAGUGGAAAAUGUGUCAUAAAAAUACGAGCUUUCCAGCAGGAGUUUGUAAUUGAUUUACAGCAGGACUCUGAUUUCAUUGCACCUUCUCUUUCUCACCAAGACGCGUCGUGGCUCCCCAACACCGAUGUCACCGCUGACCUGAGCCGGUGUUUCUACUCCGGUUACGUGAAUGGAGACCAUCUUUCAUAUGCUGCUCUAAGUCUCUGUAAAGGCUUGAAUGGCGCGUUCGGCUUCCAAGACUGGGAAUAUUUCAUCAGCCCGGCUCGAAAUGACUCAAGGAGCGCAGAAAGUGCGCACAUCGUCCGGCGCAGAACGAGCAACAACCUCAAACCCGGCUCAACUUCCAGGUGCGCAGUGGACAGCGACACGAGCCUCCAGGUUGCACAGUUGCUUGAGAAAUACAAGCGACUGGCGGACAACGGCAACGUGACCGAGACGAUGCUGAAGAGGAUGGGGCGAGCCAAAAGAUUCGCCUCCGUCCCCAGAUACGUGGAGACGCUGGUCGUGGCAGACGAGUCCAUGGCGGAGUUCCACGGAGACGAUCUGAAACAUUACAUCCUGACACUCAUGUCUGUGGCGGCGAGGCUGUACAAGCACCCCAGCAUCCUCAACUCCAUCACUGUCACCGUCGUGAAGAUCAUUGUCUUGUCUAAAGGGGAAACGGGACCAGAGGUGUCCGGGAACGCAGCCAUGACGCUGCGUAAUUUUUGCACUUGGCAAAAAAAGAUGAACAAAAACAACGACAAGCAUCCAGAUUAUUGGGACACGGCCAUUCUAUUCACAAGACAGGACCUGUGUGGAGCCUCCACCUGUGACACUCUGGGAAUGGCCGACGUCGGCACCAUGUGCGAUCCUAAGAGGAGCUGCUCUGUGAUCGAGGAUGACGGCCUUCCCUCCGCCUUCACCACCGCCCAUGAGCUCGGACACGUGUUCAACAUGCCGCACGACAACGUGAAAGCCUGCGAGGACGUGUUUGGAAAAGUGCAGGGCAACCACAUGAUGUCUCCCACGCUUAUUCAGAUCAACCGCACCAACCCCUGGUCCCCCUGCAGCGCCGCCAUCAUCACCGAGUUUCUGGACAGCGGACACGGCGAGUGCUUGCUGGACCAGCCUCAGAAACCAGUCGUCCUUCCCGACGCGCUGCCAGGAGCGUCCUACAGCCUCGAGCGUCAGUGUCAGCUCGCCUUUGGAGAGGGCUCCAAGCCGUGUCCUUUCAUGCAGCCGCCGUGCAGCCGUCUGUGGUGCACAGGAAAGUCCAGCGGCCAUCUGGUGUGCAUGACGCGACACUUCCCCUGGGCGGACGGCACCCACUGCGGGGAGGGACAGGUCUGCGACCGAGGCGUCUGCGCAGACAAACGGGCUCAAGCUGCCAAAGUUGAUGGGCGCUGGGGGAACUGGGGAUUGUUUGGCUCUUGUUCACGGACGUGCGGCGGUGGCGUCCAGCUUUCUAAGAGGGAGUGCAACAACCCAGUUCCGUCAAACGGGGGUAAAUACUGCCAAGGGGUUCGGGUCAAAUACCGCUCCUGCAACCUGAACCGUUGCGCCGACACAGGUAAGACUUACCGCGAGGAACAGUGCGAGGCCAGCGGCCACAGCUUCAACAGCAAGCGCGUCGCUCACGCCGUGGCCUGGGUCCCCAAGUACUCUGGAGUGGCUCCUGAGGACAGAUGUAAACUCAUUUGCAAGGCUAACGGCACUGGCUAUUUCUACGUCUUGGAGCCGAAGGUUGUUGACGGCACUCCGUGCUCACCGGACUCCACGGGAGUGUGUGUCCAGGGGAAGUGCAUUAAGGCCGGCUGCGACGGCAAAAUUGGCUCCAACAAGAAGUUUGACAAGUGUGGAAUCUGUGGAGGCGACAGCAGGGGCUGCAAGAAGGUGUCGGGGCUCUUCACAAAGCCAGCACAUGGCUACAACUUCGUGGUCAUGCUGCCGGUGGGAGCCGCCAACAUCGACAUCCGUCAGCGCGGCUACAAAGGGAUGAUGAGCGACGACAACUACCUGGCCGUGAAGAACAGCGACGGCCAUUACCUCCUCAACGGGAACUACAUUGUGUCGGCCGACGAGCGGGACCUGCUGGUGAAGAACAGCCUGCUGCGCUACAGCGGAACCGGCGGACUCUCCGAGACUCUGCAUGCAGUCAAACCCCUGGGAGAGGCCCUCACGGUGGAGGUGCUGUGUGCCGGAAAGAUGACGCCUCCUCGCAUCCGCUACUCCUUCUACCUUGCCCGACAGGCCAAGGAAGAUAAGGCUCUGAAGAAGGAAGGGCGCAUUAACUCCCACAACAGUGUCCUGGCUGAAGACAGCGACAACGAGAAAGGAGCAGACACCCUGAAGGAGUCUUACAACAAAGAGGAUCCUACUCUGGCCAAGUGGAUUUCUAUGAGUUGGGACACGUGCUCGGCGUCUUGCGGCAGAGGGAUCCAGAGGAGGCUGGUGCAGUGUCUGCAGCCGGACGGGAAGCCCGGCUCGGACUGUGACUCUUCACAGAGACCUGCAGCCACCAGAGUGUGUGAAGAUCCAUGCCCUGCGUGGCAGACCGGGCACUGGUCGCCCUGCUCCAGAACCUGUGGGAAGGGCUUCAAGAGACGGCCGCUGCAGUGCAAGAGCGACACGGGCCUCCUCCUCACAAGGGAUCACUGCACUGGCCUUCGCAAACCGCAGGAGCUGGACUUCUGUAGCCUAACGCCUUGCUAGUGACUCA